AGUGGUUGAAGCUCGUGAGGGACCCCGCUAAAAGUCAGAUCUCAAGAGACUCAAGCUCAAGUUUUACUAGGUACUAGAGCUUGCAGCUACCAUGCAAGGGCACAGAACACAGUGUUGCUGGAGUGUGCAUCCAACGCUGAGCAGGACGUCCACAUAAUACCUACAUUACAUUCGCCUACUCUAGAGCCUAAUCAAGCGGUCUCAGCUUGAGCAGACGGUGAGCUGGGCUGGUGCAGUAAGAGUCUGCCAGCUGUCACCAUGGGGCGGCCAGCUGGCGUCGGCCUGUGGGGCUCUGUUCCAGCUGACACCCGCCGCACAUUGUACAUCCAGCUUGCGGGCAUCGUGUUUGUGACGCUGCUCUGCGUGCACAACCUCUUAGAGCUGCUGAGCAGCGAUUACGGCCGGGGAAGUGCGGACGGCGUCGGCAGCUGGGUCUGGAGAGCGGAGACUACGUACUCGUGGACCAACUUCGGCGGCAGGGUUAAGGAGUCGGGCGUCAAAAAGGAACCCGGCCCAAACCCCGAGGCAGCCAGCCUCCCCCCCUUCAAUCUGGACUGCACCGCCGCCCAAUUUCUCGAGUCGGUCGCGACAGGUUCAAGGAACGGAGUUCGGGACGGGCCGUUUCACACCGACUGCCAGCUGUACAACUACACCAGUUCGGAGGCGUGCGGGGUGCUCUCGUCCUUCGAUUCGAUACUGGUAUUUGGGGAGUCGCACGAGCGACACUUUGUCCAAGGCCUCUUCUCGCUCCUUCGCAACAACACUCGCGGCAUGGGGGGGCUCCAGAACUGGCGCGUGCCCCCCGGGAGCGACGUCGACAAACAGUGCCAGGGAGAAGAGGCGUUCGAGGAGAAGGACUGCCGAUGGGUUGUCUUAACCACAACCGACCAUAUGGGACCGGAAACGUUCACCGCCGACGAGCUUGCCCCCCUGAACGUAAUGCACGAGUUUUGCCCGGGGUACCUUCCGCCCACCAUCAAGUCCAUCUACAGCUACAAACCCGAACGGGUCAACAUCCGGUACACAAACUCGAUCCUGGCGCACCAUCCGCGGAGCGUCCUACUUUACGGGUGGGGCUUUCACGCGGGGCUGGAUUCAGCCCGAGCGCUCCAGUAUCUGAUCACACCGAUGGACCAACUCGCGCAAGAGUACCCGGAGACGACGCAGGUCGUCCUCUCGCGGCAUUCCGCGCAGGCGAACCGGCCGGAACAGUACGAGGCGACCCAGGGGAACGGAAUCAUCCGGAAGUAUAACGAGGAGAUAGGGGGGAACAUCACGUGGAUGAAUGAGCAGCGGCCUGGGGUUCGGCCGAUCUACUACUACGAUAUGUACAAUUUGACGAAGGAAGCGUCGAGUUUUGACGGGUCGCACUACGGGCUGAGAGUAGGGCUUUUGAAGGCGCAAGUUACGAUCAACUUCUUGGAUAGGCUGCGACACGAACUGGGCUUCGCGCCUCGCUUCACGAAGUUCUAGUUGGUCAGAGAGUCAUUGUCUUACUAGGUGUACAUAUGCUUUGCCUACUUUCAGACUUAAGUUCGUUGUGCCUUCCCCCGUUGAGGAUUCCAAGGUGC